AUUUGGAAGAACACUCCACUCACUGCAGCUGCAGGGAAUGGUUACACGGGUAUUUUUAGGUGGCUUAUAGAGAACGGAGCUGAUCUCAACAAAGAAGGAUGGAACACUCCACUCACUGCAGCUGUAGAGAAUGGUCACACGCAUAUUGUUAGGUUGCUUAUAGAGAACGGAGCCAAUUUCAACAAAAGACGAUGGAGUACUGUACUCACUGCAGCUGCAAAGAAUGGUUACACGGAUAUUGUUAGGUUGCUUAUAGAGAACGGAGCUGAUGUCAACGAAGGAGGAUGGAUUUGUAAGAACAGUCCACUUACUGCAGCUGCAGAGAAUGGUCACACGGAUAUUGUUAGGUGGCUUAUAGAGAACGGAGCAGAUGUCAGCAAAGGAGGAUUGUUUGUCAUCGCAAUCGAGCCGCUUGUAGAUAGAAGAAAGUUCGAAGCGGAUGCCAGGGAUACUAAACUAUCACUUGAAAGACAUGUAGAUGUACAGCUGAGAGGAAAGAAGGUAGCAAGUUUGCCUAAACGGCCAGGAAAGAAGUUGAAGACCCAAACAGAGAUGACCAGUCCGAGAGACAUCAUUGAGGAAAGCAAAUGUGGAAAAGACUCGAUGACAGAUGUUGAGCUUGGCUUAAACUGUUUACAUCUUAGCCCGAGAUGUGAACAGUUUAAGCCUUGCAUUAUGGAAGAAUUACCUGGUGAUUCUUCCAUAAUGCGUCAUGAUUUUAAACCUAUCAGCAAACGUAUGGACAGAGUGACAUUAAGAGAUGUAGACAAUGCCAAACAAGGUCAUUGGGUAGUUGUUGAAGUAGCAAAAACUCACCCUAGAGGUUCCAUUAUUUAUGGGAUAAAGAUCAAUGAGGAAGGGUCCGGUGUGCUGGGUGAACCUUUUCAACUGGCGACGAAAGAUCUCAAAGAUACUUGGGAGGAUGAAGAAGUGAAAGCUGAAAAUGUUCAAAUUGGUUCAGUGUUCAAGUACGUUCAAGUAGGAGAUGAAUUUGUCUUUCAAGGGAACACGAAACGUCCGCGACAGAAUGUGGAUAAGAUUCUUCUGGACCUUAGCUGUGCUGGUGGUUCCUGCCGAGACAUUAGGGAUGCCUAUUCUUAUGCAGAAAUUUCGUCUGAAAGGAUUCACCAAGACUGUGCAUCUAAGGAGACCCUAUGCUUUAUCAGCAUUAAAUGUAGCGAGAUCCAAAAUGAAACUAUUUCAUUUGUAGCAAAGCUUGGAGAACUCUUGAACCUCAAGCUUAAUUGCAGAGAACAUUUUAUGCUGCAUCGAUCACCAGGUGCAUUGCAACUGAUUGACGGUGAAGAACCGCAUCUGAUUACGGGAGAUGAUGGUUCAAGUAAACCAUGGGAUUAUUUGCGAGGGUCUCGUUCCGAAAAAUGAGCCCAGGGAAAUCUCAUUUGACAAAAAACCUGACGAUGAAGCUGAGAAAACCGACGAUGGUAUUAACAAUUGAAAUUUAAUUAGGAUACGUGAACUACCACGUCCAAGGUGUGAAAAAAAAAACUAUCAACGUGGAAUUAAAAUAUGAAAGUUAAAACUUAUGGUGCCAGAAGGCGAUAUUUUUGUAAUGUGGAUUAGUAACCAUUAUAACUAUCGUCAGAGAACACARUUUUUUUUAAAGUUGAGCAAGUUAUUGGUGCUGUUUUUGUUGAUGAAUUAUUUAGAAUAUUGUAUAUCCUUAGAAAUUUUAUAAUAUUUCGAUCAUUACUAUUGUUCCUAAAUUGAGCACAGAGUGUAGAGGCCUUUGUUGCCUUCUAUUUCCAUUGAUGGGGUUAGUCGUUUGGGUAAGCUUUCAUCAUUUUACUUUCGUUUGACUGAAUCGCUAAACUUUCCCUUUUAAUGAGACAUUACAUUCUUGGGCUUUAAGAAUAUUUACCAUUCUGAUUUGACAGAACUUAAUCGAAAAAACCGUUACCACAUUUUGCAGUUGGUGGAUUUGAGUCAACUAUAGAGAAUUUUUAAUAAUUGUAACUACUAUCUAUCAUAAGAAGAUGGUCUGUAGUUGGAAGAAUUCCCCAGGAGUUAGGUAGACCGCUGGAAAGAAGUACAUUUUACGCCUUUGCUUGCCGUCAAAAGUAGGAUUCACAGACUUAUUUUACAGAGCGGGAGGUGUCUGGGAAUUCUUCCUUAAUUCAAUGCUAGGGUCAAUAUUGAAUGACCUGGAUGAUACCUGAAUAGUGUACAAUUAAAUUUUCUUUGUUUUUGUAAAUAAAACACUUCUUUACGAUAACGAAAACUUAAGCAGGAAAUGGAGGAGGAAGGCCAGUAAUCUUAAAUUUCGAAAAAAUGUGAAUGUUUGUACUACGAGGUCAAUUGUAUGUUCAGCAAGUGUUAGAAAAGUUUUCUUGUAUGAAAUCAUGCUGAAUCGAGUAAUUAUUUUAGGUGAAUAUACAAGAAAGGGAAAUAGCAGGUUAUCCGAAAUUGAUGAUAACGCAAUAUUGUUUAUAUUAUUAGAAUUGUAUAGCUUUUAUUGAUGGUCAGCUUCAGGUUUAAUGAUGAAGGAUUUAAGUGAUCAUUAUCCUUAGUUAGUUAGUAGUUCUUUAUUUAAUGUGGCACCGCACUUAGCUACAAGCUACUUUCCAGGAAGCCCACAAUAAAAUAUACAAUAAAAAUUACAACCUACAUCAAGAAAUUAUGUACAUUAAGUAAAAUAUUAUUACAAAAAGGAUAUCGCAAAUUUAAAUGUGUGUAGUAAAACAGAGAUCAAAAACUAAAAACUUAAUAUUUUAGGCGACGGAUAACGUGYAAAAAACGUUCUUGUACCAGCCUUUGCGCGUAUAGCAUCUGGUAUAGCGCAUUCCAAGUCUUAGCAGCAAAAUAACGAA